AGAGUCAAGUGAACGGCAAAAUAGAAUGUCCAGAUAAUUCUAAAAUGUUUAUUCUCUUUAUGUUAAGGUAGCAAAAUGUUUUUUAUUGCCUUCAUAGACUAGCGCGACUAAAAGAACAUCCCAAAGCGACCUUAGCAACACAUUAGUAACAAUAGACAUGAAUGAAUAAUAGGGGAUCUCGCUUCCAGAUCUCCCACGUGCGCGUCUAUAAAAAUUAGCGAGGCAUGGGAUUUGCUGAAUUUUUCAAGGGCACCUGAGUCAGGCAUCUUGUUGUAAACCUGCACAGACCAAGUGACACCUGAAGAUGUACGAUCUAAGAGGAGCACCUGAGCAACACUGCCAUGGAAUUGAGGCUAACACCAACCAGCAGUUCCUUUCCCGUAUAUGUGAAACAGCAACAAGUCUAAUCAGCGAUGGCCAAAAUGAUAUGGAACAGCCUGAUACAUCAGCUGACGAGAUGCUAUCAAGAGAGCUGAAUGAGAAGACUUUCUGCUUGAUUCAGAAUAAUCAAAGCGAGAUCUUGUUUCGAUCGAGGAGCAAGGCGUCGAGAAAACGUCGUGUUUACAGCCAGGUUCACAGGGAUCCAAAGAAAAGCGCGCGACGAUUCAGAGCCAAUGAUCGGGAGCGAAGACGAAUGGAGUCGCUCAACAGCGCCUUAGAUGCACUGAAAGGCUGUAUUCCAUUGCCAAAAAACAACAAACGCAUGACAAAGCUGCGUGUAUUGCGAUAUGCGUGCAAUUACAUCAAAUCUUUAUCAGACCUUCUUGGAGUGGCAGCUGGAAAGUAUUCUUAUCAAGCUGAUAAUCAUUCCAUGUCCAAAGAAAGUAGAAUAAAUGGAUUGUCAGUGGGACAGAGACUUGAAAUCCUCUCUCAUACUGGACGAUAUUAUCAAAAUUUUUAAUCACCAGCCCUAAGAUAAAAAACUUUGAGAAAUCUCAACAGGAAAGAAACUGUAAAUUUUAAUAUAUUACAACCGGAAGGUGAUUGGAGUCUGUACAACAAAUUUUCCUGGUGAUCCAUUCCUCUUGUCACGCAAGACAAUAAGCUGCAUUGAAAUCCAAAGUUCCUGGUAGUUACAUGUUGUACCAACAUGUUUUAACAGAAAGUAACCUCUGAGUUCAACCAGCUCUGAGGAAGCCCUGCAAACCGGGGCGAAAUAUCAGUAGUCUAUAAUUCAUUUGCGGUCGUUUUUGUUUUUUCAUCGUUUUUUAUCUACUUUGCGAUAAGCAUUAUUCUGGAGUCAGUUGAGGAGUUUUGGUACCGUGACCUUAACAUUCCUUUACAUUACACAGUAUUGUAGGGACUAAUUUCAAUCCACACAGUGUCGGUGAUGACGGGCAGUUUCCUAGCUUUCCACUAAGUCAUCAAUCCUACCUGUAAAGUAUAGUUUUAAGGUUUAUUCCCUUUCUCAAAACGUGCUUAGGGUCUUUUGGUAUUUGUCUGUUUUUUGCAACUCCUUCCAUUGGUAAGUUGCAUAAAUGUCUUAAUACUAUCAAAGCCUCGAGAAAACAGUAGGCCAGCAAAAAUUUUUGAAAGGUAUAAGGUGGCUUGGUCGAUAUUCUGUUUGAAAAGCUUCAGUUAAUAUUCAGUUAAUAUGUUUUAGAAAUUCGAUAUUCAGUUAAUAUGUUUUAGAAAUCAAUUACGCGUUGUAGAACAGAAAAUGCAGAAAUCAAUCCUGCUUUAUUAUGUCAAAAUAGCAAAGUACAAUUGCAGUCUUGAUGCCACAUUUUGAUUUGUCAUUAAUAAUAAAAACGAGCAGUCGUUGGAGGUAUGAAAAUAUCCCCUAUAAAGUAUUGGAUCUGUAAACUGUGAACAUACGGCUUUAUUUAUUUCGCAUUGGUAUCUUGUAAAGAAUAAUCAGAUACGUGUUACUUGAUAUUGCUCGUGAUCGUCAGUGUAUUAUCAUCAUGUUUUUGUAACAGCUAACAUGUGUUGUAUUUAUUGUGAAUAUGGUUGUGAAUCAUAUAAUAAUGUAUUUAUAAGUAAUAUGUAAAUUUAUAAUUUAUUAGUACUUUUAGGGUAAAUAAUUUCAUCGAGCUUGUUCUUAAAGAAUUUUUGUCACCAUACAAAGUUUUUAUGUUCGUGAAACGUCUCCGCUAAUCAAUU